UUUGGACGCUUUUGUAUUGUAAACGGGCUCUGUGAAAGCAACGCUAUAAUAAAUCACCUAGCCAGCCGGGGCACCUAUGCAGUAUGUGUGUUGGAGAUCGACUAYAUUGCAGUCCUUUUGCGCAGCGCACCAGAUCUACAGGACUCCUGGAAGGGAAUUCUUUACAAUUUAGAAAUUCUAUAGCAGUGUGUUACGUUGCACGGCAAUGUAUUUGAUGUCAAACACCCACCGUGUUUUCUGGAUAAAACCUGCUGAAAUGCGGGUUAUUGCGCAUAAACCUAAUUUGUAUGGGGAAUAUGUGCGUUAUAACACCGUGUUAUUCUAAUCGUUGACUAGGCUCAGACCUAUAGGUAUUUAUAUAGAGGACGAAGGCCUUUUGGUGAUCGUUACAACCAGGGAAUGCAGUGGCUGGGUCGAGUMUUUGUGCGGUUCGCCGCAGUCCCCCUACCCUCGGUGCGUGUSUGUGGAUCGCUUUAACUGAGACCAUAGGCCUACGUGYAAACUUGCUCGAGCAGMKAUUUGUAAUUUGCACGUAUACUGUAGACCCCGUUUAUCCGCCUCGGCUGAUCAAAAUACUCAUCGAGAACGUUAAGGUCGGACAAGGGUUGUUUCGCGCUGUAGGCUUAUAGCCUACGCAGUGUAGACGCAUCAUGACGCUCGUCGUUGACUGGAAGUAAUACUGUUUCUACAUUUGGGAGGCUUUUUCCCCCCACAGUUUCUAUUCUAGCUUCUAGAAGGCUAUAUGGACUGUUGGGUUUUAGGAGUGCCCCUGGCCACCAUGGAUACAACUUCGCAUAGCCUGCAGAAACCGACAGCCUCAACCGACAAGGUCCUGGACGGUGGAACGGGACUCGCUUUGGAUAUGAGUAUGGGGGACCGGGAAUUYACGGAACAAUCGAUUAGACUUACCGACAAAAUCCCGUUAGUGAAGCCCUAUUUAAAAAAAAAAAAAGGACAGAGGAAACUAGACUCAAAAUGCCUCCGUGCGCUCCAGGACCCUAUCCUGACCACAUUACUGAGUACGGAUGCACUUGUUACCGGAGACGGGGUGUUUGUUCCCCGGAACCCUCCGACAAGGACAGCGGGGAACCURUGCACUGCGGGGGUGGUCAAACAGGCACGGAUUGGUGGGCCUGUGUGUCUGAAAGAGUCGGSAGCUACCGGUGUAACGGCUAUGAUUACCGGCGACACUGACACAGAAAUGGCGGACACCGCCGCCGAGUUGGAGGAGACAGAGAGGGGGGUAACCAAGGUACCGGUAGAUCUCCAACGCGUGACAAUAGACCCUAACGAACGCAGAUUCCAGCUCAAACGUGUCCCCCGGGCGCGCGAGGUGGGGGCKGYAACCCCMAYACCWGAUACCCCUCUAGUAUCCCCUCCAAGCCRGGGGGGAAACACGAUGAGUGACCUCUUCGCCUCUAAAGCCUUGCGGGGGCCAGAUUGUCUGACCAUCAAAGACAGUACGAACACCCCCAGUCUUCAKGCCGACAAAGGCGAGAUAUUUCAGGAUAAAAGCGAAGAGGCCUCCCUGGAUCUAGURUUUGAUCUGCUAACCCAGCUCCAGUAUCACACGCACCAAGCCGACGCAGUUUCGAUCUGCGUGGAUUUCCUGCAGGGGUUGUGUGUGUACGGGAGUGACUGCGCUUACCACCAUACUGUGCUGCCCUACCACUGGCAGAUCCGCAAGAGUGAUACUCAAAGCUGGCAAAGCGUGGCGGAUGAUUCGCAGGAACAGUUGGAGAGGCUUUACUGCAAUCCGGACAAUGAACAAGUCAGGCUCAAAUUUCAGUAAGUGCUUUUAUUUUGUUCUACGUUCUGUGUAAAAGUAGCCUCAKAGAGCUGAGAUUGUAUUUACAAUUUUAAGACAGGAGUGCUUUGACAUGAGAAAGCUAUGCUGUUUGCUAUAGAAAAGGAGAGCGGCACUCUCUAGGAGCUUAGACGCAAUCAUGUAAUAACCUAAUAGCCAACRUUUGGACAGACAAGCUGUCUUCAUCAGGGUAUAAUGAUAAACAC